AGAAAGAACACAUCCCUACGCGCCCCCUACGACGAAGCCCUAGCCGAGGACGAUGCCCUCGUACUUCUGCUGGAACCACUGGACCGCCUGGUCCUUGGUGAUGCGGUGCUUGACGCCGACGCGCGCCUGGCGCGCCUUCCGCCGCGCGACGCGGAAGCCCGGCCGCUCCAGGCACACGUAGAAGUCCAUGCCGUAGAUGCCGGUCGUCGGGUCGUACUUGAUGCCGAGGUCGAUGUGCUCCGUCACGCCGAAGCCGAAGUUGCCCGUCGCGCUGAAGUUCUUGCGCUGGAGCUCGUACUCCUUCACCUUCAAACCGCGCUCGAGAAUCUCCGUCGCCUUCUCGCCGCGGACCGUCACGUGGACGGCGAUCUUCUCGUUUCUUCGGAUGGAGAAGCCGCGGCACGUGUACCGCGCCUUCGAGUAGACCGGCUCCUGGCCCGUGAGCUGCUCGAGCACGCGCGCCGCGCGCGUCAGUCGAUCGCCCGACUCGCCCACACAACAAUUGAGGAUCAGCUUCGAGACCUUGAUCUCGCGCAUCUUGUUCUCCGCCAUGGUUAAGGCUGGAGUCGCGACCUGUGCGUGCGUUGGUCUCGUCGUCGCUCUGUGUGUGUCUCUCUCUCUCUCGCGGGUCCGGCGGGCGGCGUUCGAGCGCCAGCAGGGCGAUCCGGAGCGACCGGCGGCCGCAGCGGUGGCGUAGUAAGCGGUGGCUUGCCUCGGCGGCGCAGCGGGCGGCCAGCGGCUGCAGCAGGGCUAUGCAAAAUGCUGCUUGGCUGAAGUGCCUCUGUGCCCGCUCGCUGAUGCCGCACGCUAUAGCAGCGCUUGCCAGACCGUCUCAAUCACUUCUCGGUUGCUGCACGCGUCCCGGAUUUUGCAGACUCCGUCGCUAACCUCGUUUACACGGCGUCGCUUUUACGGCUCGAG